AUGACGGGUCGCGACCAACUUCAAUUCGAAGCAGCAUGGGCACUAACGAACAUAGCCUCAGGCACUCAAGAGCAAACUCGAGUGGUGAUAGACUGCGGGGCUGUCCCUCUAUUUGUUAAUUUGAUGCACUCUUCAAAAGAAGAAGUCCGAGAGCAGGCGGUUUGGGCGUUGGGCAAUAUCGCGGGGGAUUCGCCUGAUUGUCGAAAUCUUGUCUUAGAUAGCGGCGCCCUGCCGCCUCUGCUUGAACAACUCAACACCCCGGGGUCGAAGCUCCCGAUGAUUCGGAAUGCAACUUGGACUCUCUCGAACCUCUGCCGAGGGAAACCCGCCCCCGCGUUUGAGAAGGUCUCCCCAGCACUGCCGACUUUGGCAGCGCUUAUUUAUUCGGAUGAUGCUGAAGUGUUAACGGAUGCCUGCUGGGCUCUGUCAUAUCUCUCAGACGGCCCCAACGACCGCAUAGGGGCUGUUCUUGAAGCGGGUGUCUGUGCUCGCUUGGUGGACUUGUUGAUGCAUCCAUCGACGCUCGUCCAAACCCCUGCACUACGCGCAGUUGGGAAUAUCGUUACAGGAGACGAUAGGCAGACGCAAGUGGUGUUGACAUGUGGUGCUCUACCGAAUCUGCUGUCUCUACUUUCUUCAAACAGAAAGACAGUGCAGAAGGAGGCGUGCUGGACAAUAUCUAAUAUAACUGCCGGUAAUCAGGAACAAAUUCAAGAAGUGCUGGAGAGCGGGGCGGUGCCGGCUUUGCUGCAUUUGUUAGAGACAGCAGAUUUUGAUACGAAGAAAGAAGCAGCCUGGGCAGUUAGUAAUGCUGUUAGUGGAGGCUCAGACAUGCAGGUAGCGGAGUUAGUUCGCUUAGGCUGCGUCCCGCCUCUUUGUCAGUUAUUGGGGUGUAUGGACAGCAAAAUAGUCAUGGUGUCUCUUGAAGCUUUGCAUGCAAUCCUUAGAACAGGAAAGAAAAUUAAAGAGACAGAAGGCUUAUCAAUUAACCCUUAUGCUACUCUUAUCGAACAAGCAGAUGGAGCAACUGCACUUGAAAAACUUCAAGACAGCAGCAACGAAACUGUAUUCAAAAAAGUGUAUUCAAUAAUAUCAACAUACUUCCCUUAUGAAGAAGAAGAAGAAGGUGUUGAUGCUGACAUGGAUUCUGCUGCUGCUGCUGCUGCUGCUGCUGCUGCUGGGGGCAGCGGCAGCACAUUUGGAGCGGAGGCCCCACAAGGGGGCUUUAAGUUUAAUUGA